AUUAGUUUCCAAAUAUUGAAGAUAAAAAUGUGGAUGUAAAGGUAAUACUAAUCUUAGGAGGUGUUCACAUCCGGGAAACUUUGGACAGGUGGAAGAGAAGGCUGAGUUCAGGGGAAGUGCUUAUAGUUCAGGACUGCGAUUCUAAGGGCUGACUUAGCAAGUCCCAUGGCUGCCUAAUCAUUACAUUUCACACCAAUCUAAGAGUGGGAACGUGUGAUAGUGAAAAAGAGGCAGGAGCCCAGAACUGCGCUAGAACAGAUGUAAUACAAGAGGUAUGGAGUAUACAGCAGCUCUGUUUUCGGGAAGGUGUUUCUUUUGAUGAUGUUUGCUCUGAUGUUGUGUGUUGAUGUUGUGUGUGAAAUGCUGUUAAUGGUUUCUUCUGGAGACAGAAAAGGACAAAUGCCAGGUAGUUGGGUACUAGAUCAGUGUUGAUCACUGCCUUCCCGUUCUGAAAAUUGUAACUUGUUCCUAAACCUCUCAAAUCAUAAAGAAGAAAAUGGACAGCUUCAAUCACAUGAAGAAACCUUUAAUACAUUGAAAAUCAAAUGUAUAGCAGGCUGCCAAAAGAACCGAACAGUUACUUGCCUGUAGUUUCAAGUGUUUUUAUGUGAGGAGAAUGCAUUGUAAUCACUUCAGAGAAAUGGGGAAGUCCUGUUUCCUCCAUAUAUUGGAACUAUUGGAACAAACCACGUAGAAGAGUAAACUUGAUAUUUAUAUAAAAUCUGUAAUGAUUAUCUCUUCCUUGUACAUGUCACCCCUCUGAAAGGUUUUUCUGAAGUGGUGGUGGUUCUUGUUGUCAUUGUUGUUGUUGUUUGUACUUCAAGCUUCCAUCCAGGGUGCAUAGCAAAGGAGUAAGACUGAAAUAUUACCUCCUAAGAGUGCAGUACUCGACAGUUUAAAGCAACCUUGUUAUGAGUUGGACUUGCAGGCUUGGAACUCUUAACUGUGGAAAGUAAUUGGAAAGCUGCUUAAUGUUUAUUGCUCACUCUGUUUCUGAUAAUAAUAUUGCAAGCAUAAAAGAUUUUAUAGUCGAGUGAAUGAUUUUGCAGUUGUGUAAUCAGUGGGGUGUGUACUUGCCUCUGAGUUUGAAUUAUAAAGACGUGGGAUCAGAGUCUAUCAGAUGGAACUUGACAUCAAAUGCAGCUCUGCUGAAGCUCCCUGGUCAGCACCUGUGUGAUGGAACACAGGGCUCUGAGAGAAGGACCUUCAGUCAGCAUGAGCUCGCAUUUUCAAACUGCAGUGAGAGGGAGGGGUUUUAUCAGCAAUGUUUUCAUGAAGCCGGUCGUGUACUGUUUGGCGGUCAAGGUGCUGCAGAAAGCGGUGUCUUCCUACUUCACCCAGAGAGAGUGAUGCCAGACAAAUACAAAUAUAAAUCAAGAUCUAGUUAUAAUCAUUGUUGGAUAGCUUGUUAGGUGAAAUUUGUAUCUUUCUUUCUGUUGCCUGGCUUUGGGAAUAAAUGUGAAAGUCAUAACUCUUGAAGCAUAACAUGGGGUUUUAUGUGCGUGUCUUUCUACCCCUAUAUAUGUUUGGAAACGUUUUUACAACUUUUUCCUAGAGAAAAUGCUAAAAUUAUGGUUCAAGUGAAUUUUUAGUUGAGGAAUAAAAGUAAAAUAGCAAAAGAGUUUAUUGCACUUGAGCUCCUCCUCUUUUUAUGGCUGCUGCUGCUAUAUUAGGUUGAUCCCAUGACCAGUUGAGUGCCCAGUGGCAGUGUUUUCAGUGAGGUGGAAGAAUAUUUUCUGCUUCAACUGUGGUAGCAUAAGAAGCCCUGAAUUACAAAAGCUCUGUCUUUAGAAUUAUUUUGUGUGUAUGAAUAAAGGGACAUGGCAAAACACAGCAAGAAUUUUAACCAAAAUGAAGAGUUGCUUGCAACUUUCGCCUGGCAAGUUCUUGGCACAGGUAAUGCAGAACAGAAGACCUACAGUGAUGCUGACAUGGUCAAACGUCUGUUAGCUGAGAAAGAUCGAGACCUGGAACUGGCAGCUCGAAUUGGACAAGCCCUCCUUAAGCGAAACCAUCUGUUGAUGGAACAGAACGAAGCCCUAGAAGAACAGUUAGGACAAACUCUAGACAGAGUUAACCAGCUGCAGCACGAGCUGUCAAAGAAGGACGACCUGCUGCGCAUUGUUUCAAUUGCUUCUGAGGAGAGCGAGACGGAUUCCAGCUGUUCCACACCGCUCCGCUUCAAUGAGUCUUUCACGGUGCCACACGACCCGUUGCAGCUGGAUGUCUUGCAGGAUAAACUCCGAGAGCUGGAAGAGGAGAACCUUGCUCUUCGGUCGAAGGCUUGCCAUCUGAAGACAGAAACCAUCACGUAUGAAGAGAAGGAACAGCAGCUGGUCAAUGACUGUGUGAAAGAACUCCGGCAAACAAAUGCUCACAUUUCCAGGAUAACAGAGGAGUUGUCAGAGAAGAGUGAGGAAGUGGUUCGCUACCAAGAAGAGAUCUCAUCCCUCUUGUCUCAGAUUGUAGAUCUUCAACAUAAACUCAAAGAAAAUGUGAUUGAGAAGGAGGAGCUGAAACUUCACUUACAAGCCUCCAAAGAUGCUCAGAGACAACUGACAGCAGAGCUCCAUGAGUUGCAGGAUCGGAAUGCAGAGUGUCUGGGGAUGUUGCACGAGUCCCAAGAAGAAGCGAAGUUGCUGCGCAGCAGAGUCAGCUCUGCUGCCUGUCUCUGCCACCGCCAGCCAUGUGGAGCAUUCCCUGUGGAUUCCCUUGCAGCAGAAAUUGAAGGGACAAUGCGGAAGGAGUUGAGUCAGGCUGAUGAAUCUCUUCUCUCCAAGCAAAAGGAUCAACAGAAACGAGUAUUUGACACUGUCAAGACUGCUAAUGUCAUUCGUGGCCGCUCCUCUCCCUUUCCUGCUCCAUUGCCAAUCCCUGGAUCUAAUCGGUCAAGUGCUGUUAUGACAGCAAAACCCUUCCAGUCUGGUGUGCACCAGUUGGAGAGCCACACACGGAUGGCCAUGGGGAACAGCUCUGAGAAGAAUUUGAAAGACACUCACAUUCCUGGCCAGCCGGGAAGCCCUGGAGACAAUGACUUGGUCACAGCUCUGCACAGGCUCUCCCUCCGUCGUCAGAACUACCUGAGUGAGAAGCAGUUCUUUGAGGAGGAGUGGGACCGAAAACUGAAUUUGUUGGCUGAGCAGAAAGAGGAGGCCAGUGGCUUCAGUACACCGACAGAAAGCUCUUUUUCCUCGGGUACAAACUCAGAAUUCACUGAUCUCUCUGCCAGCUGUAGUAAUCUCCGUGUCCUCCUACCAGAAAAAUUGCAAAUUGUCAAACCCAUUGAAGGAUCUCAGACCCUUUUCCAUUGGCAGCAGCUUGCUCGACCCAACCUAGGCACCAUUCUUGACCCAAGACCAGGUGUUGUUACUAAAGGCUUUACCCCUCUGUCUGAUGACACUGUGCACCACAUAUCUGACCUGGAGGAGGAUGAUGAGGAAGAAAGUGAAGGAGGCAUAACAUUUCAAGCACAACAGUCCUUCCCAGAGGAAAAGAAAUGUACACUGGCAAAGCCAGUGUCAGGGAUUUUCCUGCCACCUAUUACUUCAGCAGCAGUACCGCUCACCGCCUCAAAUCCAGGGAAGUGUCUGUCUUCAACAAAUUCCACAUUUACCUUUACUACCUGUAGGAUUCUUCACCCAUCUGAUGUCACUCAAGUUACUCCCAGCUCCAUGGGUGCUCCGUUUUCACUGGGAAAUUCCAGCAGUACUGGAAACUCAGUAGUGAGUACUCCAGCCAUUCCUUACAGACUUAGUAUCGGAGAAUUUCUCACCAACAGAAGAGACUCAACUACUACUUUCAGCAGCACAAGCAGUCUGGCCAAACUUUUGCAAGAACGAGGCAUCUCUGCCAAGGUUUACGACAGCCCCAUAUUGGAAAAACUGCCUUUGCUACAACCCCCUCGAACUCUUCCCAUUCCUUCUACUCCACCAAAUUCUCCAUCGCGUUCACCUUGUCCUUCCCCUCCACUGUUUGAGCCUCGAGUGCAUCACUCUGAAAAUUUCCUGGCUUCUCGACCAGCAGAAACAUUCUUGCAGGAAAUGUAUGGCCUCAAGCCCUCCCGUAACGCUCCAGACAUAGGCCAGCUGAAGAUGAACCUGGUGGACAGACUGAAGAGGCUGGGCAUUGCCAGGGUAAUCAAGCCCCCUGAAACACAGGACCAUGCGAAAAAUCAAGGGCCAGAGGUUGGCUUGCAGAGGCAGGACUCAGCUGGGCUUUUAAAUGCAGGUAGCAACUUGAUGGUAGGACUGAGAAGAAACCAGAGUCUUCCAGCCAUGAUUGGAGCACUGGGAGCUCCAGCUUGCACACAGUCAUCGAAAAUGGGUAUCCUAAAAGAAGACUAACUGGCUUGAAAAAUGUUUGACUUAGAGCAUAGUAAAAAAUAUGAGGGAUGAACAUCCAGUGCAGGCAUCACUAGAUGUGUUACAGAAGAGUUGGAGAAGGCACGUGCAUGUUAGAGAUGUGGGAGGGACAAGUGUUGGGAUCAAGGAGCAAAAGAAUAUUGCUUGGGUUUGAGGAAGAAGGCUUUUGUGGGAGAAAAGAAAGAGGAAACCAAAGCUUAAUUUUGAGACCCCCUUCAGCAUCUGUCUUAACUUAAGCAAAAGUAAAAGACUAUUGUAGACAUUGUCAGUGCUUUAACCCUUUAAACUGUAUGUGUAGGACUCUCUUGCAGCUGUCCUACUUUUUUCCAGCAUAUGACCAUAGUGUUUUACUAGUCGUUAGCAGUCAGGCUAUAUCAUUUAAAUAUAUUAUUAAAAUAACAGUCAAUCUGACCAGUAUUACUGAUCCAAAUUCCUCUCUGUAGCAAACAAAUUCAAAAACUUUUUUUAUUCUUGUAUUUUCCAUUUCAGGAACUGUGAUCUUUUGAACUCCUCCCCACUUUGAGAAGCAGGGGAGAGAAUAUGUAGCUCUGUGUUAGAAAACAAUACUUCAGUUUACAAACACAGAAACUGGUGGUCAGGAUUUAUAUUUUGAAAUAGUGCAAUUGUGCUAGUGAGAUAUUAACAGAAGUUAAUUUUUUCCCACAGCUUCGGAACGAAGCACACAGAGGAAUGUGCAAUGAAUAAGAAUUAAGAAGCAGGAAAGUAUGUAUUGGGGAAAACUUCAAGCUAAGAAAUCUUUUCAAAGUGUAGUGUGCAUCUGUUUAAAUGAGGAUAUUUUUGCACACACACAGACACACAGAUAUCUCAGGCACAUUUCAGUGUUGCAAAAGGAAAUAAACCCUUGGUGCUUGAUUCAGAGUUUCUUUUUAUUUGACAUAUGUGAAGAGCAUUUACUUCAAGAAAAGUGUUGGAAGUUCAGUAGCCUGCCUCUUCUCUUGACAAGUAGACAUUGUGUACAUUUGGGAGUUCUGCAGUAAAGUUUAUGCCUUUCAUUCACUUAUUUCUGAUUUUAGGCAGGAUUUAUUUCAAAAAUUUCAUUAAGAGCAGAAUUUGCCAUUAGAAACAGGAAGAAAAAAUCUGGUGUUCUUUGAGGCAUUUUAAUGAACAUUUUAAUCCAGUGUUUUGAUUGAUGGAGUGUGGUUCUGAACAUAACUGAGGCAGACUUUCCAACUCAAAAGAGAACUCCAUUUUAGAAAUCUGGUUUCUGAGUGGUAAUCAUCAAAAUACUACUGCCCAUGCUGCUUUUUUGUUUCCUUCCUGUCAAAGGUUCUAGUCAUAACUGAACAAUCUAUAGUAGAUUUAUUGUGUAACUUAAAGAAGUUUGCCCAAAACUGCUUGGAGGAAUGGGUCUUUGCUAGUGACCUGAAGGGAAACAGGUUCUUAGUCUUCAUGUAAAUUUUCACUGUACCUGUCAGCAUUAUAAAAUUAUUUUAGUUUCCAUACAGUUAGAUAAACCAGUUAAGUUUACCUUGCCUGUAUGCAGAUGUGGGACAUCGCUGGUAGCUGUUGGGGUGUGUGAUGUGAAGAAUCAGUGCAAUUACACUGACUGGCCUUUGCUGUAAGGCACAUCCGCCGUAAUCAGCACCCCUGUUGCUGCAGGGUUGAGUGGAGUAGGGCAGGAAAAGAAAGCUUCUUAACUUUGUUUAUAGGAAAUUUGUAACGUGGCCUUUCUGCUUUUACAGUUCCAUAGAUCUUGUGGUGACUCUUUGAUAAAAGUUUUUGGUUUUUUUUUUGUAAAAGGAAAAGGAGUAACCACUUCAAGCUUGCACAGGGAUUCUGAGCAGAAACUUGUCUGUCAGCAGCGCACAGAAAUAUUCAGGAACUCCUGGAGUUGCCUUUUGCUCUUUAAGCAAAAUCUUACACUUAUAAAAGGUGAAUUUUAUUUAAAAGACUGUAUACGGGUUCAUUUUGUUUUUUAAAUGAAAAAUAUUUAAUUUUUUCCUGUAAGUAUUUAUGUUUGUCCGUACUUAGCCAUGUCUUGCCUAGCUACAUAAGGUGAGAGUGAAAGGAGGGGGUGCUAUUUUGGUCUCCAGUGAUCUGAGACAGGUUCUGCUAGGUAUCUGGAACUUGCAGGGAAAUGAUGAGUUGAUGAAAGAUUAGACAGUUUGGUAUCAACAGAGAAGUGUGUAGCCUGUCAAAGUAUGUCCAUUCUGUGUGUUUAGUGUGGGAAUACAUGUAAGUUACAGAAGGUAUUAACGCUGUGUGACUAACUGGCUUCAUUAGCUAACUCCAGCCAUUGGAUCAUUCUGUGUGUUAGCAGAGUAGCUAAUCAGCUAAAGCAGAAUUCCUCUAAUCUAAAAGCAUAUAAAUUAAAUGCAUGUUUCUCUUUGGGAUGCUUCCAUAUUCCAUAGCCCAACAAUAUAAAGUGGUUCAGUUCAAACAAUGCUGUGGAUGUCGAGAGGUUGGUUGGCUUGUUUUCUGUAGAAUGAGAUUUAUCAUCAGAUACUUUUACAUAAGGCAAAAAGAAAAUGGAAGAGCCUGUAUUCCACUGUGUUUGUGUGUUUACCCAGUUGGUCAAUGCUGUGGUGCAUUUGUUGAAAUUCUGUCAUGCAUUUAUACCUUUGGAUGGUCAUGGAUUACAUUUUGUAAUACAUCCCUAACUUGCAGCAACAGAGAAAAUUCAUACUUCUUCUAAGUUUACCAUUUUGUGCCAAAACCUAGAAGAUAAACUUUUUUCUAAAAACAUGUGUUUCUGAAAACAUUUUAGAAGUCGCCAUCAUUCUAGGACCUGAUUUGGCUUCUGUUGUCUCUUGUAAGAGAGGUGAAAAACUUGCAUGACUAAAAUAGCUAAGAUCCUGCACCAGACCUUUUGUUUGAGUGGGAGGUAAACCUAGAAGGAAUGGAGAAUUGCAUUUCAGCAAGGUUCUGUUAUCUUGCAGGUUUGAGUCAAAAACAGAUGCUAGAAAGGACUUACCUAUGCUUGUGAAAGUCACAAGAGACAGAAGGAAAUUCUUGUUGUAUUUACCUGUAUUCCAACUGUCUUAAACAAAGCACAAACUUAAAGCUUUCUAGUUUCACUGUUUGUUUUUGAUAAACUCAGUGAUACCUGCAUGCUCAAAAUGCCUCUGGUCAAAGUUAAAUGUCUGCUGCAGUCAAACAGCAGCAGAGAAGGAAGGAGAAUAAUUGGGUUUGGGCUUCAUUUGGCUGUUACAUGAGGGGAUUAUACACAAUGUUUAACAGUCUGGGAUUUUCAUGGUAUUUUUUCAUCUGCUUUUGCACUUACUGUUGUUUCAUAGUGGAAUGUAAAUUUGAUAAUAAACAUGUAUAACAUGCCAUUUUCCAGUA